UAACGCUCAAGUCGUUUAUGGGAACAUAGACGUAUGAAAGUUUUAAAACAGAUAAAUUCAAUAAUUUAAGAGGAAAAGUUUUUCUAGUAAAAAGAAUGUUUCGGUGGAUAAAGGAUAAGGACAAAGAUGAUAAAAGAGGAAAAGAUCGGAAAGAAAAGAAAGAGAAAAAGGAAAAGAAGCAUGGGAAACAAAGAGAGAAGCUUACAUAUGACGAGUUGAAGCGCACAAAUGAAAUCACUAAAAACUAUCUUUCUUCAUACCAGAAAUCUCCAAAUUCAGCUGGGGGUGAUGAUGAGAAUUCUGAGAAGAGGAGUACAGGUAGUGAGUAUAGCUUAUCAUCAUCUGCUAAGUCUGGAGAUUCAAGUCCCAUGGAAGGCCAUGGAGUGGGAUUUCUCUCAAGAAAAAGUAGCUCGCCUGUAAAGCAUCCUCCUCCUGUUCCAAAAAAACCUUUAGGGUUACAUGUAAAAUCAUCAUACUCAAGUAUGCAAUGUACAUCGCCUAUAAAAUCACCUAGCAUAACUAGUAAUUUGUCAUCACCUCAAGGAAGCCUUGCUAAUGAAAUGAUGGCUUUAAUGGAUCAAAUGGGAAAUGCAAAAUCCAGUAAAAGUUCCGUUCUGCACCUUGAACCUACACCAACUGUUUCAGUGGAAGAUGAGAGACGUACACUAUUUACUGCUCCUCCUGGAGAACAAGCUGGUCUAGAUGUCGUUUGGAAGAGCUACGAUGAUGAUUUGGAGCUACCAUCCAUUGCACCACCUAAGCCACCUCGAGCUAGGUCACUAACCAUACAACGACAGCCUGCUGGAGAUUUUGGCUUUUCUCUUCGCCGUGCACCAGUGGGGGAGCACAGGGGACUACCACCUACUGACAAAAAACAGACAAUAAUAUUUGCUGAGCCGAGCAACUUGGAAAGAGGAAAUGAAACUGGACUCUUACCUGGAGACCGAUUAUUAGAAGUGAAUGGUGUGGUAAUUGAAAAUAAAAGCAGGGAAGACAUUAUAGAACUGAUUAAGACUUCUGGUGAUAGUGUUACUUUGAAAGUUCAACCUGUUCCAGAACUCAGUGAACUAACUGUCCAAUGUGGCUUUGAUGGAUCUGAAGUAGGAAGUCCUAGAAUCAGGUCUCAAACCAAGUCAGCUGAGCAGUUGGCGGCGGAUCGUGCAUGGCUUCAAACAAACCAGGUUUGGCUUGUUCACAAAGGUGGUUUUGCUGGAGCUCAUCUUCUGACAGCUGAAGAGUCCCCGAGUUUGCCCCCAUCAGAGGGCAAGCUGUGGGUGAGACUAGAUGCUCAGGGCAGUGUGCUGGAGGUGGACCAGGAGGAUGUGGAGAAGGCUAAUCCUUCUCACCUCGACCGUGUUGAAGAUUUGAGUGAGCUCAGACACUUGAAUGAAAGCAGCAUACUACACACAUUACGCCAGAGGUAUGCAAGCAGUUUAAUCCACACUUAUGCAGCAAGCACGUUAUUGGUUGUCAACCCUCAGCACCCAAUGGCCUUGUACUCUGAAAAAAUUAUGAAGAUGUUUCGAGGAAGCAAGCAAACAGACAUGCCCCCACACAUCUAUUCUGUAGGACAGGCUGCUUACAGUGCACUGCUAACAUCCCGCAGAGACCAGUCUGUUGUCUUCUUGGGUCGUAGUGGAAGUGGUAAAACUACGAACGUACGACAAGUCUUACAGUACCUAGUUGUCACAGCAGGGUGUUUAAAUAAUGUGAUCAGUGUGGAAAAAUUGACUGCCAUUUCAACACUCCUUGAAGCCUUUGGAAAUUGUAGGACUGUUUUAAACAGUAAUGCUACUCGAUUUACUCAGUUGUUCUCUUUAGACUUUGAUCAUUCAGGCCAGAUUGUAUCAGCAUCAGUGCAAGCAUAUAUGGUAGAAAAAGCUCGUGUGUCUAGGAGACCAGAAGGGGAACCAAACUUCAAUGUUUUUUAUCAGAUGUUAGAGGGCAUUGAUGAUGCUUUGAGGAAAGAACUUCAUUUGGAAAAUUUGGAAGAACCAAACAUAUUUAUGUCACCAUUACAAAAAGUAGAAGAUAAACACAGAGCCGGUUUGUCUUGGGCUUUCCUUUGUGCAGCUCUACAGAAUUUGAAUAUUCAGGAUGCAGAAGCGAAGGCCAUAUGGAGCAUCUUAGCAGCAAUCUAUCAUCUUGGAGCUGCCGGAGUAUCUCGUGCACUCUUGAACAAAGCCCAGUUUGCUCGACCCCAGAGUGCACAAAAAGCUGCAUCAUUGCUGGGAACUUCAGUAGAAGACUUAGCAAAGAUCAUUUUUAGUAUUGACUUCUUAGGUUCUGCGAAAAACUCUCCAAGAUCAGGAAAUGUAGAUGUGAUGAACGACGUCUUGGAGUCCCUUCAAGCUUUAGUAGCAGGCUUGUACAGUGAAGUAUUUCAUGCACUACUAACCCUUAUUAAUCGAUCUCUAGCAGGCAGCAGCAGUCGUAGAAUGGCAAGCAUCCAAGUUCUGGAUUCUCCUGGGUUUCAGAACCCUGCUACGUGCAACAGAUACUCGGGAUCACAGCUUCAGGAUUUGCUUUAUAACUACUGUCAGGAACGACUGCAGCUACUCUUCCAUAAAGCUACAUUCCAAGCUCAGGAGGAGAGGUACACGCAGGAGAACAUCAGCUGGGACUCUGACCAUUAUCUGAAUCUAACACCAGAACCAAUGGUCAGUCUGAUUGAUCAGAUUCCACCACAGCAAGGGCCUAGUAGGUCAUCAAACAUUAAUUUGAGAGAGGAACAGAGAGGUUUGCUGUGGAUGUUAGAUGAAGAGUCCAUGUUUCCUAAUUCUUCAGAACAAAAUUUCCUUGAACGAAUUUUUGCUCACAGUAAUAGAAAAGAGAAGAAACACCUGUUACAGAAGGGACCUCAUGUGUAUCUGUUUACAUUACAACACUUACAAGGAACCAACCCAGUUACAUAUAACACAGCAGGCUGGUUAAGAGCUUGUAGGGAGCAUCCAGUUGUUCGUCAGGCUAGCCCUCUGCUACAGGACUCUCAGAGAGACUAUAUCAGCCAGCUGUAUGUAUCUUCAAGAGGACCAUCUUCAACAAUGACUGGUACAAUUGGCUCCAGUGACUCGGCCACUCUCAGGCGAACCUCUAGCAUACGGCGCACACAAACUGUAGCAACAGCCGGAAUGAAACGACGGUCUUUACCCCUCCAAGUUAAAUACACCAUGGAUGCUCUAAUAGACAUAUUAAACCGAAGUCAACUGCACUUUGUUCAGUGUCUUCUUCCACAACAUAAUGCUGGACAUUGGAACCACAGAAGUAAAGCCUUGAAACGAAGCUCAGGGUGUGAGGACUUCCUUUUGAAUGUCCCUCUCUUGAGAUCUCAGCUUAGAGGUGCCCAAAUUAUAGACUCUGUUCGAGUGCACAAACAAGGUUUUCCUGAGCACUUGAUGUAUGGUGAGUUUCGUCGAAGAGUAGAAUUAUUGGUGCCGCCAGAACAGCAACCUGGAAGGCUAAUUUCUGAUGAGAAACAAGCAGUAGAACAACUGAUUGAGUACUUAGACUUUGAUAAGUCUUCAUACCGCCUUGGACUGAGCCAAAUCUUUCUGCGAGCUGGAACUUUAGCUCGACUGGAAAACCAACGUGAUGAGAAGCUUCACGACAUGAUUGUGAGAUUUCAGACUCACUGUAGAGGUUAUUUGGCAAGAAGCAAGUUAAAUAAGUACAAGGUUCAAGAUAUGGCCAUUAGGUGCAUUCAGCGGAAUGUUCGCAAAUUUCUGGAGGUGAAAUCUUGGCCAUGGUGGCGACUUUUCAUUAAGCUUACACCUCUUCUGAAUGUACACCGUACUGAAGAGGAGCUUCGUUUAAAAACUGAAGAACUGGAAACUUUGAAAGCUAAAACCUUGAGACUUGAAAAGGAAAGGAAUGAACUAAAACAAACAAAUGAGAAAUUAGAAGCGAAGCUUGAUAUUCCGAUCUCUGUGUUUGACUCCAUGCCAGUAACACAGUCUUUGAACAAACUAGAAAAUGUGGUUGUCAAACGUCCCGAGAAGCAGGUUAAUGUAGUCAAAGGAAUAACGAAGUAUCAGAAUUGUUUUAUGAAAGACCGAAAACAAGUAAGCGAUACUGAUGACAAACCGAUGUUGAUACGUAUUGAUUGUUCAAACACGGAAAAGGACUGUGACAAAAGUUCAUCAGUAAAGGAGAAUAACAUAGAAUCAGGACCCGUAUCUACCGUUUCAGAUGCGUCUAAUUGUUUAAACAUAAACGGUGAGAAGGCGGCGUCUUUACGUUUCACGGAUAUGCCGUCUCAAAUCACCCAGUCAACACAGGAAUGUGAGACUAAGAAACCCACUUCAGGAGUUGGUCAGUCCAAAGAAAAGAGGAAUUCAGUUGAUCAUAAGAUAGUGAACCUUCAGAAAAAGGAAAUAGUUGCAGUAAAACUGAGUAAAAAUGAAACUUAUGACGAUAUACAGGCCAAGAAAAAGAAACAAGUAGCUUUGCAAGUUUACAGUGGAGCUCGAAGAAAAUCUGCUGGUCAGAAGGGAGGAAUUCGCACCAUUGACCUUAGAGAGUUGAAAAGACAGUUCAGAAAGGUUGAAGAGUCACCUUCUAAGUCUGGUAAACAGAAUGACACCAAACAGCCUAGUAAAGAGACAGUGAUCACUUCCAGUAUAUAUGGCCAAAAAGGAAUGAGAGAAUCCAGUAGUGUAUCUCAACAGUUGCCUAACAGUUAUUAUACAGCUAAUCCAUCAAAAGUAGCCACUUCUAAUACUAGUUCAUGUUAUUCUACAGUAUCAUUACUAGAUACUUCCAGAACAUUUCUUCAACCACGAAAAACUUCUGGUUUACAACCAUUUUGGUCUAGCUAUAUAGGUAGCCAACACUGGAGUCCUAAACCUAUUGAACUUGGCAGGUGGAGGCUGAGUGGAUCUUUAGACUUCCUUCCAAACUCGUCUAACUGUUCUCGUUUCUCUCAGGUAUCUGAACUCUGGGCAGAUCUCAAUGAAGAGCAUUCUGCAGCCACUCAUGCUUCAGAGAUGUUGGAAACUGAAACAUCAGAAAGAAUGAAGCUAGAGAAAGAAAUUCAAGAUAUGCAGACACGAUGUUCAGCAGUCCAACAGCGGAACGAUCGGAUGGAAAUGGAGAUGAUGGAGACAAGGAUGUAUCGAAGUACCGAGUUGAAUGGAGACUUGUCAGAUGAAGAUGAAGCAGGUGGCUCCAUCUACAAACAGAAAUAUGAACACAUGAAAAGAGAAUUGGAACUUACAAAAAGACGUUUACAACAACAACACGAAGAAGAACUUGAAACACAUAUGCUAGGGAAAAAAGCUGCAGACAAAAAAUUAGCAGAAGCUUUAGAAGAAGCAGAAGAAGAAAGAAGAGUUGCUAAUCAGUGGAAAAGAAAAGCUCAAAAACUUGGUCAAGAAAUGCAGGACCUUCGUCUUCUUAUGGAAGAUCACAUGAAUCGAAAUGCUGACUUGGAGAAGAAACAGCGAAAGUAUGUUGACUACUUUCAGCUUAUGCAGUUAAAGAGAACUAAGCAGGAAAUGGAAAGAAAAGUAAAGGACCAAGAAGAGGAACUUGAAGACUUGGCAGGACAGGUUCAACUUCUGGAACAAGGCAAGCUUCGUCUAGAAAUGGCUAUGGAGAAACUCCGACAGGAGACUCGAAAAGAACUGUCUGCUAAAGAGGAGGAAGUGGAAGAAAUCAGAAUGAGUGCGACAAAAAAAGUUAAGAACUUAGAGGCUCAACUAGAGAAUGAACAAGAAGAUAGACAUCAGCUAAUGAAGCAGAAGCAUGAACUGGAAAGAAAGAUUAUUGACAUGAGUGAAAGACCACCAGAAAAGGAUCCUGAAUUGGAGCGGAGGCUUCGAAGGGACCUGAGAAGAACAAAAGCUUUGUUGCGUGAUGCUCAGGAUAUGAUGGAGCAUGCUCAGGAUGGGCAAGGAAAUAAGUUAAUUAUCAGACAGUUGAAAAAUCAGCUUGAAGAUGCAGAAUUUGCCAAGACAGCAGCCAUUAAGGCUCGACAAGGAAUUGAACUAGAGUUACAAAAUGUACAGAAUCAAUUGGAAGAAAUUACAAAAACUAAAAAUGAGGCAGAGGGCCGCUGCCUCCAGCUUUCUCGUGAAAAAUCAGCCUUACAGACUCAACUGGAAGAAAUAGAGGAAGAACAAGGAGAGGUUCUUAAGAAGUACAAAUCUGCUGUGCAACAGAUGACUAACGAUCAGAAACUACUGAGUGAUCAGACUUUUCAGAUUACUGAUUUAGAAGAAGAACGUCAAAUGCUUAAGGAACAGAUCGGUGAACUGACCUCCCGGCUGGAACACAUAUCAAACAAAAGUGAAGAUCCUAUUGCUGUGAAAAGAGUUGAAGCUAAAAUGCGAGAACUGGAAUCACGGCUAGAUUUUGAACAAAUUAAUCGGAGUCGAUUAGAGAAACAACUUGAGAGACUGAAAGAGCAGUGUGAUCGGCUGAGGGAAGAAAAUGAAACACUGAAAACUAAAGAUCAUCAUGCACAAGAAGGUGAAAAGAGACUGCAAAGACAGAUUCGAGAGCUUCGUGAAGAUUACACAAAUCUACAACAAAAGGAGUGUGAGGCUCACCAAAAAUGUAGAGAGCUGGAAUUGUCCUUAGAAAACACUGAAGCUGAUUUACAGUCAACUAAAAACGAUCUCCGCCUAGCUUGUCAGAGGAUACAGGAUCUUCAGUGUGCCUUGGAAGAAGACCUAGAUACGAGUACAGACGUUCCUGAUGAUAGUGGAUCUGACAGUGAGAACAGUAGUGAUAUAGAACCUAGCCACCACCAGUUUUCUUCUGGAAGACAAUACAGCAUGGGUGAAAACCCAUCGUUUAGCCUGACCCACCUCAGGCCUUUGCCGAGCAGUAGGGAUGAUGAUGAAACAGAUCUCUCUCCCGUACAACCUGUAGGAGCAGAUUGUUCAGAUACUGGCAUGAGGGAGAGCAUGGCAUGAGCUUCAGAAUCCAAUAGCCCUAAUUGUAAGGGAGAAGUGCUUGUUCUGUUUCGUGUUACGACAAGGAACACCCCCAAAAGGCUUCCACAGCACUGACAAGAAUAGUUAAAAAGAAUUUUCCAGUAUUGAUUAUAGAUUUUUCUUUUUAAAGAACAAAGUUUACUGAAACCACUGUUUUGUCAUAAUUAUUACACAUUUUAUACAACACUCAAAAGAUCAUUUUGCUGAAGUGGCUUUUUUUGUUGUUGUUAAAGGUAAGUGUUUGAACUGACUGACUAUAAAGAGUCAUUGUAAUAAAUGCUUAUAGUAGGUGUUGUAUUGGAAGAAACAAUACAUCUUAUGUAACUAUUAGAAUUUAACAUUGUAUUUAUGUGUAUAGUAUUGUUACUCCACAUUAAUAUGGGGAAUUUUUUUUUAUGUGAAGUUAGUAUUAUAUUCCUGGCCUAAAGUAUUUGUCUAAUAAAAUAUUAUCAUACUCAGGCUACUUAUCCACAUCACAGUUUAAAUUAAGGUGCUAGAAACUUUACUGUUUAAUUAAGUUGCACUACAGCAUUUUAUUCAACAAGACUUAUUGUUCUUUCAAAAGAUUUAAUAUAUCGAAACAGAUAUUAACUUGGUUGUGUGUUACAGAAUUUUUAUCCCUUUCUUUACCUUACAUUUCCAUACUAAUGCUAGGAGCUUGUCUUUUAUCAUAGUGUUGUCUUUUGCCAAAAACAGUUAAUGAAACCUUUUUGUUCUGGAGUUGUAGUUAUCUGUAUUAAUGAAUUGUAAUUUCCUUUGUACAAUACUGUGAAAGUUUCAGAAAUGUUUGUUUGAUUCUGAAUAUACCACACAAAUAUGAUUUAAGGAAUUCGACUCGUUGAGGCAAAUAAAAGUAUAAGUAAAUUCUUAAAGCCCUAUAACAAGUGUAGGACUUCUGUAUUCCUACCAACAGUGAACAAGAUAUUAUGUAAGAUUUUGUCUAUUAAAACAUUCAGUAUUUUACUCAAGAUUUAAAAAAAAAUACAACGUAUGAGUUUGACUCUUCACCAUGAUUCCUCAGGUGAGCUAUAUAUUCAAUAAAAUAGCUUUGUAUGUUGUACAGAACAUAAAACAUAUGCAAGUAAAAACCACUCCUUGCACUGGGUCUGUAAUUUAUAAAUCGGAAGUGUGAUUCUUUGAGUACUUACUAGAAAACAAAGGAAUUCCUGACUAUUGUGUUGUUACUUAAUUAAAAGAGUCCACAUCGGAAGAUUUUAGGGUUCAUAUAGAUAUAUUUUAUAUAUACAUAUUACUAGUCAUUUUCCUCCCAUGUAAAAACAAAUAUUGUGUUCUUUUGUCCAUUACUUUAGCUGCCUGGUCAAUGGGGUCAUUCUUUUGUGGAUGUAACAUGAAACAAAUAAUCAAUGCUUCUUGGGUGUUGUAUGUAUGAAAUGGAAGCUGUGGACUCAAAACGAGAUUUUCUUUUGUUGAUUUGAUUUAAUAACAUGAAGGUAUUGUAUUGUCUUCCAUUUUCUUAAUGUUAUUUUGUAACCUGAUUAUUUCUUUCAGUCCUUUCUCAUUAACAGAAAGCUGUGCAUUUUAUAACUUCCCAAGUGAACAGUAUUGGAGCUUUCAAGUUUUGCUUGACCACAGUGUUACAUUUCCUAGCUUCUGUACGAUACAUAUCCUACUAACAAUAUUAUAAUUACAUUGGAAACUGAAUGAUUUCUACGAACACUUGGUGCUUUGAGAUUGUUUGUGGUAAUGAAUGUAAUGUUAACAACCACAAGGCUGACUGGACUGUAUGUUAGCAAAACAAAUAAAAUGUGCUUCUUUGGUAA